CUCGCCGCGCUCGACGGCCCGUUUGCGCUGCAGGAGUUCCUCGAGGCGCGCGUGCGCAGUGCGCCGCACGACGUCGCCGCCCUCGAGGAGCCGCCGCGCGACGCCGACGUCGACACCGACGUGUGGGUGUACGAGCAGCUGCGACGACUGAUCCGCGACUUCACGUCGCCGUGGCUCGUGGCGCUGCAGGCCUCGUGCUCUUCCACCUCUGAGGGCUGCAGCGGCAUGGCGGCGCACGAGUGGGAGUAUCUGUGUGCGGCGCACGGCGAGGAGCGCCAGUGCUGCGCCAUCGACUACGUCACACACACGCUCGACGCCACGGCCGCGCUGCUCUCGUCGGCGCGGCACUUCCCGAGCCGCAGCUACGUGCCCACGACGUCGCUGCGCCACUUUGGCAGCGCCGCACGCCGUGUCAGCCGCUGCUUCGUGCAUGCGUGGGAGAAGCACCGGCAGGUCUUCCUCGAGUGCGAGGCCGAGACGUCGUUAUAUGCGCGCUUCCUCGCGCUCGUCUCCACGUACGACCUGCUCGACACCGACUCGCUGCCG